UCAUUUCUUUCCAAUAUAAACUUUUAUUUUCUAACAUUUACAGUUCGCUAUGGACAAAAAAUGAAUGGUUUAAAGUAAACACAGAAGUCCAGUUACGUACAAGAAACAAAUUUGUUUACAAUUUCUUACUUCCUGUAUAGUUUGAUUGACAGAUGUGUCGUCCAAUCAGCGGUAAGUAAUCCAUUCGCAAACUAUACCUACCUUUUCCGGUUGCUCUGAUCUGUUAGUGUUUUCGGAUGCGUCAUUGUGUUUUUAUAAUUUGUUGGGGUUUUUUUUUUGGAUUUGUUAUUUUGAUUUCAUAUUUGUGUUUGGUUUUGCACUUCUCGGCCACCGUAGCUGAUACAGAAUGGCUGAUAAACUCAAAGCACUAAAGCAGCAGGUUUGCUGUUCCAUCGACAAGGCCAAGGACAAACUCCAAGGAUUAGGAGACGCGAUAUGGCACCAUCCAGAGCUGGCAAAUGAGGAAAGACAGGCCCAUGAUACUCUGGUCCGCUUUUUCACACAAGAGAAAGGGUGGACCGUGGAGGCACACUAUAAACUAGAAACAGCUUUUCGGGCCUGGUGGGGACCUGUAGGUGGAGCAGAUGGUAAUGCUGUGGUUAAUGUGGGGUUCCUGUGUGAGUAUGAUGCUCUGCCAGCUAUAGGCCAUGCAUGCGGCCACAACCUCAUAGCAGAGAGCGGAGCUGCAGCAGCAUUAGGCCUGAAGGCGGCGCUGGAGAGCGAGGAGGCGUGGCCUGUGCCAAUCAAGGUAACUGUGUUGGGGACUCCAGCAGAAGAGGAUGGAGGUGGGAAAGUGGAUUUGCUCCAGGAAGGUGCUUUUCAGGAUCUGGAUGUGGUGUUUAUGGCUCAUCCCACUCAGAAGAAUGCUACAUAUCUACCUUCCAUGGCUAUACAUAGCGUGCUGGUGAAGUACCAUGGACGUGCAGCUCAUGCAUCGGCGUAUCCCUGGGAAGGAGUAAAUGCUCUAGAUGCAGCUGUCAUGGCCUACAGUAACGUCUCUGUACUUCGCCAGCAGUUCAGACCUGACUGGAGGAUCCAUGGUGUCAUAAAGCACGGAGGUGUGAAACCCAACAUCAUCCCUGACUACAGUGAGCUGGAGUACUACUUGCGCACCCCAUCACACCAAGACCUGCCCAACAUCAGGGCCAAAGCUGAGGCCUGUUUCAAAGCUGCUGCUAUGGCUACAGGAUGUGAGGUUGAGGUUCUGUUCGAGAAGAAUGAGUUUUAUGAAGUCCUGAGGAACCGCACUCUAGAAGACCUGUAUGAGGAGAAUGGGAAAGCUCUUGGCAUGAAGUUCACCAUCGACGGCUUUUCAGGCUCUACAGAUUUCGGGAACGUAAGUCAUGCUGUUCCAGGCAUUCACCCUUAUUUCUACAUUGGCUCUGAGGCACUGAAUCACACUGCAGAAUAUACAGCUGCUUCCGGUUCAGACAAAGCUCAGUUUUAUACUCUUCGUACUGCUAAAGCUUUGGCCAUGACUGCGCUGGAUGUGAUCUUUAGCCCUGAUGUGCUGGACAAAGUCAAACAGGAGUUUAGAGAGUCCAAGCUCCGAGGAGAGAAACCACAACAAGAGAAACAUGGAGAACUGGAGAAAAACUGAAGGGUUUAAUACUCAACGGUGACUGAUUUCUGAAUUAGAUAUUUUAGUUUGUGCUUUUUUUCUUUUUUUUUUGCACAUAUUCAAGUUUUAAAUUUGACGUGUCAUUUUUUUUUUUACUGAUUUAUAUGACUCAUAUGAUUCAUACAGUGCUGUGGAAAAGUGCGAUUUCUCCUGUUUUUGUGUAAAUCUCAUACUAAAUUGUUUCAGAAAUUUAAAUAAAAUCUAAGAUAAAACAAAGGCAACAUGAGUAAACAUGAAAUACAGUUGUUAAAUGAUAGUUAUUUAUUGAAGCAAAAAAGUUAUCCAGUACCAAGUGGGCCUGUAUGAAAACCGUAGUUACUAAUUGCCCCCGUAAUUACUAAUUCCCCAAAUCUAUGAAAUUGUAUUCAUAAUGGGGUUCAGCUGGACUAGAUGCAACCAGACAUGAUUACUGCAAACCCUGUUCAAUGAAAUCCUCAAAAAGAUCAUCAUACAUACAGUCAAGCAUGGUGGUGGAAGUGUGAUGGUGUGGGGAUGCUUUGCUGCUUCAGGGCCUGGGAAACUUGCAGUAAUUGAGGGAAACAUGAAUUCUGCUCUCUACCAGAAAAUCCUAAAGGAGAAUGUCCGGUCUUCAGUCCGUAAAUUGAAACUCAAGCGCGACUGGAUUAAGACAAUGAUCCAAAGCUUAGGAGUAAAUCCUAGUCCUAGAAGUAAGUGAAAGACUGAUCUCCAGUUAUCGGAAGCGUUUACUAAAGUUGGCACAAUCAUAUUUUAAGUUUAAGGGGGCAGUUAGUUUAUCACAUGGGUGAUAGGUGAUAACUUUUUUUUUAAUUAAAUAAAAGAAAGAAAGAAAAAAAAACUGGUGUGUUUACUCAGGUUGCCUUUAUUUUAUGUUGUAUUUCGUUUGAAGAUCUAAAACUAUUUAUUAUGAGAUAUACACAAAAACAGAAGAAAUCAGGAUGGGGCAAAUACUUUUUCACAGCACUGUAUUUACUGAUGUAAUUAAGUUUGAGAAUUAUUUAGCAAAAACCAGGAAGCCCUUAGGGAUACUAACUCUCUGUGAGAGCUGUGAGAAGAGCUCUUUUUAAUUUUCCCACUGUAUCACUUGCUCAGCAAUAAUAGUAUAUUGUAAUGCAGAAUGUCCCAAAAGUCUCCAUACACAGGGUAAAUUAACACUGACAAAGGCACAACUGACCUGGUGCUGGAAAACGGACUCCCCCUGUGUAUGGGGACUUUUGGGACACCGUGCAGUUCACAUCAAAUAGUGGCCAUUUCCAUGCCAGUACAUGUCUUGCAGUACAAUUUGAGCUACUUGGUGGCAAUCCAUUCAUUGGAUCAUUUAUUCAUCUGUCACAAUGCCAAAACACAGGGUGCUCCCCUGUCUAAUCCAAAAUUGGUCAUCACCCCAGCCUAAGAAUGGCCUAGAAACCCAGUGUUACUGUGAUGUGCGAUUCCAUAAAUAGUGUUUCAUCUUCAUGGGCGUUACUGAGAAGCUACUCCAGAAGGUCUGUGUGCAGCUACUUGGUCAGCGCCUUGUAUGUUCCCAAAUGUAAUUAUGGGUUUGUGAAGACUGGAUAACCGCCAAGGUUUCCUGUCACUUUGAACCAAUGCUGAACUCAGUGAGAAGGUUCCAGGGCCAGACAGCUGCUGACGAUAAUAGUUUAUAAUAAAAUACUGUAUCAUAUGGUCACCAUGUGACUUUGUGUUAAGGUCUUACCAUGUGUUUGCAUGCACACAAGAAGGUAUCCAGGUGUCCGAACAUGAACACUGGUACAUAGAACCACACUACAGUUAUAUACAUACAUACAUACUUCUCUGACUGUUGAACACUAGACUUUCACUAAACUAAAUAUGGAAGUCUGUCAAAGCUUUGUGUUAUUUUUGGCAGCACCAAAGUACUUGUUUUCCUGAACAUCCUGAACAUGAAGUCACAAGAGCCAAAUCCACAAAAUGGAAGAAAACACACAAUGGCCACUUUUGAGUGCCAAUCCUGUGGAAUGUAGAUCUUCCCCACCCAAGUUCUGGGUAUAAACACCUAUCUCAUGUGGUCUGCUGACUUCUAUGUGUUCCUUGAAUCAAAUUUUUUGUAAUAGUAGUAGUAGUAGUAGUAGUCGUCGUCAUUUGCAGACAAGUUUCUUACAUAAAUUUACAACCACAAUGGCUGCUCAAUGAUGAUGUUUUAUUGUUUUGUUUUUCCAGAAAUCUAACAGUGGUAGUUGAUGUAAUAUAUAAUGACAUAUGGUGAGCUAUAGUUAGUGGGCUGAGUCUUGAACUGAAUAAAAACAGACUAUUUCUUACUUAA